AUGAACUCCGAAGAAGGGUUUUCGGGCGAAGAAGACCACCUCGAACCCUUGCGUUCUCAGAUCUUAGGUUGUCUUGAUGGAAUUCAUAUUGUAGGGUCAUUUGUAACCAGCGCCCAGGACGUCGAGCACGUUCACCCUGGACUGGUGGUCAGUGGUAUCGGUCCUAUCCGACUUCCCUUGUGCCAGGAUGAUGCCAACGCUCUCAUUGGUGUGAGCCGUCGCGCUCCAUUCGGCAAGGGAAGCAAAACGUUGGAUGAUGAGACUGUGAGGAAGACUUGGGAGAUCGACGGAAAAGAGUUGUCAUUCAAACAUGAAGCCUGGUAUAAUUGGCUGGACGGUGUUGUCGAAAAUGUCUCCAAGGGCCUGGGCGUUCAUGGCGGUCCUGGCAAAGUACGAAUUGAGCUCUACAAGUUACUGGUGUAUGAAGAAGGUGCCUUUUUCAAGCCUCACGAAGACACGGAGAAGACGAAAGAUAUGUUUGGAACUCUGGCCAUUUGCUUACCCUCCGAGCACGUUGGCGGCGGGGUCCGCCUCAUUCAUGGUCUGGAAGAAAGAGUUGUCGAGACGGACAAGUGCUCCUCUUACGGAAUCUCUUAUCUGGCUUGGUAUAGUGAUGUGUCCCAUGAGAUGUUGCCAGUUCAAUCCGGGUACCGAUUCGUUUUGACAUACAACCUCAUCAACGCUACUUCUGACAGUAAUCCCUCGGCCGCGGCACUGGACGUUAAACAGUCCAAAAUCGAGGCAACGCUCGCCGGGUGGUGUUCUAUGCCAGAAAAACCACGGUUCAUGUGCUACGUUCUCCAGCACAAAUACACCAGUGCAAAAGUCCGACUCAGUGGUCUGAAAGGUGAUGACUAUUAUCGCUGUUAUCACCUCGACAAAGCUUGCCAGUCAAACGGUCGCUUCUGCCUUGUCUUGGCUCAGCUGGAGCUAACAGUCACUCAAAUCAACGACGAAGAAUACCUGGACGACGAGGAAUACCUGGAUCAGGGCGGGGAAGAGCUCUGUUUGAACGAUAUUGUCACGCUACAGGGGUUGCAGCUUCAGGACUCCUUAACCAUAAGGAAGGAUAAUCUCAUACAAAGAAGAUUAUAUGAGGCUCGCGAACACGAUUACCAAUGGGGAGGGGAGCACUUGGGCAAUCAGCACGAUGACAUCCAACAAGUUUACCUUGAUACUGUCGCUGUCAUUGUUUCUCGGGACGAGAUGACGGAAUUUCUCCUUGGGAGUGGCCAUACCUUUGCCCAUUACGCCGAGUUUCUCCAACGGCUUCUCGCUGAGCUGAAGCGCCAGAACGGCGAUGAACGUCAUCUCCUCCGCGAAAUGAUCGUCCAGACAUGCCAAAAGCACAUCGAAAGACGGUACCAUAACAGUGGCGACAAAGAUCGUUUCAUGGGCGCAACAGCAAUAGCAUCACUACAAAUCGAGAAUCCUGAGGCAGCCCGAGCGGCCCUUUACGCCGUGGAGGACAGCUUCGACGCAUCUACCUUCCGCAACCUCGGUAGACUGGAGUUUGAGAGAACGAGAGAAUUUUGUACAGAAGCCUUUUCCCGCAUUUCGAAACUGCACCUCGUUGCUCGUGGUCUCCGAGCAUUUCGCUCUGGUGUACCAAGUGCUGUUCAAUUGGAUGCCAGUGAAGCAUCAGAACGUGCCGUCUACCAAUGGGCCGUAGGUGUCCUCUUCAAAGCUUUGAGUUCGAUCGUACAAGUCUUGCCCACCGAUGCAGGAGCCAUAGUCCAGAUCAUCGACGCUUAUGAAGACGAAAGACUUCUAGAAAGCAUGAACGCUUUCGUAGGCCGCUUUUCCGAUGACUCGACCUUCAUAAACGCCCUCUUCAUGGAAAUCCUCUGCUACUCGGAAAUAGUUGGGGAACCAAAAUUGCUUGCGGAAGGUCUUAUUCCACCAAUUUUCGACAAGGCAAUCUCUUCCUUCCGGCUGCAGGAAUUUACGUCUCUGUCUCCUUCUAAACGAAAGUCACCCUGGGAAGACUAUCCAUUUUCAUCGUGGCUCGAUGGCAGUUCACACAACGAGAAGCGCCGAAAGGAUGUCUCUGUUAUUGCGUCACUGUAUCAUCGACUUGUGAGAGAUGAUUUGGACAAGGUAGGUCAACUCCUUGAGAACAUCGCGAAUGACACUGCAAGUAUCUCCCGACACGAGCUCGACCGCUUUGUCAUCCCACUCCUGCGCGAAAUGCUCGAUAUCCCCGAGCAUCAACCAUCCGAGGCCUCACGAUUCUAUUCCAAAGUCAUCUCCACUUAUAUUGAGACGGUGGUCAACAAGGAGCCUCCCAAGCCGCAGGACUGGUCCCUACCGGACGAUGCCCUACAUUGCUAUGGGGUAGAGUGUCCUUACUGCCCUCUUGUGCGUGAGUUUCUGGAGGAUCCAAGCCGAGAGGACUGGGACUUCACCAUCCCUGAGGAUCGGUACUACGACUUCAACCGCCAUCUGCCGCUUCAUUACACGAUGAAGAGGAAGAGAAAAGGAGAAAGUUACGACAUCAAGGUCACCAAGUCACUCAAGACGUGGGAACAAGAACACGAGGCAUGGCAAGGCAGAUUUGAACGUGCUCAAUCAGCUCUUCGGCGGCUGCCCGAGUCAUCCCUGCGCCGAUGCCUUGGAGAUGGCGAGUAUCAGGACUUGAUGGGACUACAGAUCGUCAAACUGCCGACGGCGGAUGUGGCCACAGAUCCUCCAAAAUCUACCAAGGCAGAAGCGGCCGGGAAGAGGAAGAGGAAGAGAAGGAGCCUUUGA